UUGGUUGACCCAAUCAAUGAGAUAGGCCAUUUUUUUUGUGAAUUAGGAACAACACCAGACAUGGUUGUUGAUAGAAAACAUUGGGGAUUAAUUCAGCAGCAGCCUCUACCACAGCUCCAAGUGAAGAAGGGAAGUCUUAACUACCUAAUGGUAAUCAAUAGAAGAAGAAUUGCAAUUACAUGGUCAACAACAAUUCACAUGGUAUCUACCAUCUUCAUCUUGUACCCAAUAUUGUUGUGUUGUUAUCAAACAUGUGCAGCAAGAGAUACCAUAAGGCAGAAUGAUCCGAUCAGUGAUGGUGAUGGAGAAACUCUCUUGUCUGCUGGUAAGACAUUUGAAUUGGGGUUCUUCACCCCUAAUGGGAGCUCUAGUCACCAAAGAUAUGUUGGUAUAUGGUAUUACAGGUUGGAGCCGAAAACCGUUGUGUGGGUAGCCAAUAGAAACGACCCACUGCCUGAUUCCACUGGAGUUUUGUCCAUUCAAGAUGGUAACCUCGUGUUGAAUUCGAAUGGAAGAGGGAGACCUUUCUGGUCAACCCCUCUCCAGAAAUCGUCAUCUACAGAAAAGGUAGCGCAGCUCAUAGAUUCCGGGAACCUGGUUCUGAAGAAUGAUCAGCUGCAAACAAGUCUGUGGCAAAGCUUUGGAAACGCAACUGAUACUUUUCUUCCAGGUAUGAAGAUGGAUGGCAACUUGGUGUUGACUUCAUGGAAAAGCAGCAGUGACCCGGGUUCGGGGAACUUCACUUUCAGGAAAGAUCAAGUAGCACAGAACCUGUACAUCAUCCAGAAUGGGCCUAAUACAUACUGGAAGAGUGGGAUAUCAGAUGAUUUCAUUACAUCCGGUUGGGACCAUAAGAUGUAUUCUGAAUUAUCCAAAAUGUUAUCAAAUUCCAGCAUUAAUAGUAGCCAACCAACAACCUCUUUUUAUUAUAGGAGGUUGGUGAUGAAAUUUUCCGGCCAGAUAGAGUAUCUACAGUUCCGUAAUCAGACGGGCUCUUGGUAUUCGCUUUUGAAGGAACCAAAAAACAGUUGCGAUGGGAAUAAUCCCUGUGGGAGUUUUGCCAGCUGCAGUACUAGAAAUAGGAUUUUGUGCAGGUGUUUGCCAGGAUUCCAACCAAAUUUUCCAGCAAAGUGGAAUGGUGGAGAUUUUUCGGGGGGCUGUAGAAGAAUUUCACCCCUGUGCAGCAAGAAUGACACUUUUUUGAGGCUAGAGAUGAUGAGAGUGAAAAAAUCAGACACACAGUUCAACACUACAAAUGAAAAAGAAUGCGAAAAUUACUGCAACAGAGACUGUAACAACUGCCAGGCUUAUGCCUAUGUUGAAGCCGAGACUCGUGCAGACACUGCCAUCUGUAUGAUUUGGGAGGAAAAUCUUAAUGACAUUCAGGAGGCGUAUUUGGAUGGCGGCCAUGAUCUCUAUGUGCGUGUGGCAGUUUCUGAUAUAGAACCGAUGGGAAGAAAUUGUAAGAUUUGUGGAACUAAUAUUAUCCCAUAUCCGCUAAGCACCGGAACUGACUGCGGUGAUCCCAAGUACUUGAGUUUCUACUGUGAAAACUCCACAGGCCAAGUUAUUUUUAUGAGACCGAAUAACACAUAUUACCAAGUCACUAGCAUCAGGCCAGAAGCAAAAGAAUUUUCCAUUCAACUUGGUGAAGAUAAUUGUAUAGCAAGUAGCGAUGCCAUGAAGAAACUUCUGGAGUUCAACCAGGACUCACCAUUUUUGGUGAAAAGUGGGUGCACGGCAGAGAAGAGUACUUCUAGUUUGUAUCCAUUUUCUGAUGCUGAAUGGUUACGCGAAAUACAGAUUGAGUGGAGACCUCCAUUGGAACCAAUCUGUAAUUCUACUGAAGACUGCAAGUACUGGGCUCAUUCAAAUUGCAAUACAACAGGAGAUGGACAGAAAAGGUGUCAUUGCAAAAUAAACUAUCAGUGGGAUCCCACAAAUGUCAGUUGCUUUCCAGUAGAAGCAGGUCCUUCACAGAGAAAGCAGCAGCCAUAUGUGAUCUUCAUUGGGAGUGUUGUAGCUGUGAUUGUUAUCUCAUGCUUCACUGUCUUUAUAUAUUAUUUGAGGAGAAGAAGGGUGUCAGAGAUGCAAGAACACAGGGGAAGUAUUCAAGGAAAUCCAGUGCUUCAUCUGUAUCACAGUGAGAGACGCGUCAAAGACUUGAUUGGCUGGGGCCAGUUCACAGAAGAUGACAGGGAAGGCAUAGAUGUACCAUUUUUUGAUCUGGGAAGUAUACUAGCUGCUACAAAUAAUUUGUCAGAUGCAAAUAAGCUAGGGCAAGGAGGUUUUGGCCCAGUAUACAAGGGGAGCUUUCCAGGAGGACAAGACAUUGCUGUGAAGAGGCUCUCAAGUGUUUCAGGACAAGGACUAGAAGAGUUCAAGAAUGAGGUUGUGCUGAUUGCCAAACUUCAGCAUCGAAAUCUUGUCAGACUUUUGGGCUAUUGUGUUGAAGAAGAUGAAAAGAUAUUACUCUACGAGUAUAUGCCAAAUAAAAGCUUAGACUCCUUCAUAUUUGACCGAACGCUUCGCUUCUUAUUGAACUGGGAGAAACGCUUCGACAUCAUUUUGGGGAUAGCUCGUGGGCUUCUUUAUCUUCACCAAGAUUCUAGGCUGAGGAUCAUUCACAGAGACCUGAAAACAAGCAACAUUCUGCUGGAUGAGGAGAUGAAUCCCAAAAUUUCGGACUUUGGCUUGGCAAGGAUUUUUGGGGGCAAACAAACUGAAGCAAGCACAAACAGAGUAGUUGGAACUUAUGGCUAUAUGUCUCCAGAGUAUGCACUAGAUGGCUUCUUUUCCAUUAAAUCCGAUGUUUUCAGCUUCGGUGUUGUUGUACUCGAGAUCAUCAGCGGGAAAAGGAACACUGGAUUUUAUCAGUCUCAACAAGCUUUAAGCCUUCUGGGUUAUGCAUGGAGAUUGUGGCAAGAGAACAAGGCAUUGGACUUGAUGGAUCAGUCACUGCAUGAAACAUGUGAUGUCGCUGAAUUUUUGAGAUGUGUAAAUGUUGGGCUCCUCUGUGUUCAAGAAGACCCGAGCGAUCGUCCUGUCAUGUCGAAUGUAGUUUUCUUGCUUGGCAGUGAAACUGCAACUCUUCCAACUCCUAAACAACCAGCUUUUACUGUGAGAAGAGGGGUUUUCAGCACAGCUUCUUCAUCUAGUAAACCAGAGACAUGUACCAAUGAGUUAACAGUCAGUGUAGACGAUACCAUCACACCGGAGGAUUGGCUUAGUAAUGAUGGAGGAACUCUUGUUUCUGCAGGCAAAACUUUUGAACUUGGCUUCUUUAAUCCAGAUGGAAGCUCCAAGAUUGGAAGAUUCGUGGGCAUAUGGGAUUACAGGUCGAAACCACGAAGAGUUGUAUGGGUGGCCAACCGAAAGAAACCCCUUCCCCUUUCUGAUACCCCCUCUGGAGUUUUUUCCAUUAAAGAAGAUGGUAAGCUCAAGGUAUUGGCCGAAAUUAAUGGAGCAGUUCAUUGGUCUACUGAUAUUGAAACAUCUUCAUCUAAAGACAGGAUGGUGAAGCUCAUGGACUCUGGGAACCUUGUAUUGAGUGACAACAGAUCCGGAGAGAUUCUUUGGGAGAGCUUCCGUAAUCCCACCGAUACUUUUCUUCCUAGUAUGAAGAUGGAUGAAAGCUUAAUAUUGACCUCAUGGUUAAGCCCCGUUGACCCUGCGCCUGGAAACUAUACCUUCAAGCUAGAUCAAGAAAAAGAGAACCAGUAUAUCAUAUCUCAAAAUUUAUAUGUCCAACGUUGGCGCAGUGAGGACUGGGAUAGAACGUUUGAUGGGAUGCCUGAAGCAAUACGCAGCUUCUUGUCCAAUAUCUCCAGGAAUGACGCCUAUACAAGGCAUAGAUCUAUCCCCAACUCAUCAGUUGAAAAACAGUUGGUAAUGAGUUCUUCAGGGGAAAUUCAGUACUAUGCAAAUUGGAAUACAUCGUCUCCAGUCUGGUGGGCACCGCAAGACCGAUGCAGUGUGUCAAAUGCUUGUGGGAAAUUCGGAAGUUGUAGCACUAAGAAUGCUUUGAUGUGCAAAUGUUUGCCUGGGUUUAAACCAGUCUCGCCGGAUAGUUGGAAAACUGGAGAGUUCUCAAGUGGGUGUACCAGAAAGUCACCCAAAUGCAAGAAGAAUUCCAGUGAAGACAUGUUCCUGAGUUUAAAGAUAAUGAAAGGGAAAAAUCCAUACUCUUCUAUUUUAGCAGAUACGAAUGAUGGUCAAUAUUGCAGAAAGGCUUGCCUUAGUGACUGCCAAUGUCAAGCAUAUGCUCAAACUAAAAUAACACAAAGGGGCAGUAACCCAGAAUGCUUGAUUUGGACAGAUGAACUUAGUGGUCUUCAGGAGGAGUAUGCCUCUGAUGCUGACAACCUCUUUGUUCGUGUAUCUAUUUCAGACAUAGAAUCAACAGUAAGAAAUUGUCAAACUUGUGGCUCAAACAUGAUUCCUUAUCCUCUAAGCACUGGAUCAAAGUGUGGUGAUCCCAUGUACUUCAAUUUUGAAUGUAACAUUACCACAGGCCAGGUUCAGCUCAAGGUAUCUGGUGGCACCUACCGGGUAACUAGCAUUAAUCCAGAGACAUUAACAUUUGUAAUCCAACUGAAAGAAUCAGAUUGCAGUUCUCGAAGUCUUAUCGACAAAAUUCCACCACUGAACCCGCCUUUUCACAUGACCAAUGUCUGCACAGUGGUCAAAAUCGACAAUUUUGGCUCUGAGAAGUCAUUGGAAAAUAGCAUUGAGAUAGAGAUCAGUUGGGAUCCACCAUUGGAGCCGGUGUGUACCUCAUCAGCAGACUGCAAGGAUUGGCCUAAUUCAAAUUGCAGGACACAAAAUGGAACCACUAAGUGCUUUUGCAAUGAAAAAUUUAAGUGGAAUGGAUCAAGUUUAGAUUGUACACAAGACCUUGGCAAUAAGAUGUCGUCAUCAUCAUCUCCGGUAGUUGUGGUAGGCAUAACAAUUGUUGUUGUUGUAGUUGCGCUUUUAAGCACCAUUGGUUAUAUUGCUUAUUUGCACAAAAGAAACAUCACCAAAAGGAAAGGAAACAGGGCAAAUCCUGUGCUGCACUUGUAUGAUAGUGAAAGCCGUGUGAAACACUUAAUAGACUUGAAGCAAUUCAAAGAUGAGGAUAAGGAAGGCAUUGAUGUACCAUUUUUCGACUUAAAAGACAUCCUGGCUGCUACGGAUAACUUUUCAGAUUCGCAUAAGCUUGGACAAGGGGGCUUUGGGCCGGUUUACAAGGGCAAAUUUCCAGAUGGGAAGGAAGUAGUUGUGAAGAGACUCUCAAGUGCUUCAAGGCAAGGCCUAGUGGAAUUUAAGAAUGAGGUUGUGUUGAUUGCCAAACUUCAGCAUCGAAAUCUGGUUAGACUUCUGGGCUAUUGUAUUGAAGGAGAAGAGAAAAUUUUACUUUAUGAAUAUAUGCCCAACAAAAGCUUAGACUCCUUCAUAUUUGAUCGAAUGCUAUGCGUGUUACUGAACUGGGAGAGUCGCUUCGACAUCAUUUUGGGAAUUGCUCGAGGGCUAAUUUAUCUUCACCAAGAUUCUAGGUUGAAGAUCAUUCACAGGGACUUGAAGACAAGCAACAUUCUACUAGAUGGGGAUAUGAAUCCCAAAAUUUCAGACUUCGGAUUGGCCAGGAUCUUUGAGAGCAAGCAAACAGAGGCAAACACAAACAGAGUAGUGGGCACUUUUGGCUAUAUGUCUCCAGAAUAUGCGCUAGAUGGGUUUUUCUCAGUAAAAUCUGAUGCCUUUAGUUUUGGUGUCGUUGUACUUGAGAUCAUCAGUGGGAAGAGGAACACAGGAUUUUAUCAAUCUGACCAAGCUAUGAGCCUUUUAGGUUAUGCAUGGAGAUUGUGGAAAGAAGACAAGGUGUAUGAUCUGAUGGACCAGACACUAAGUGAAACAUGCAACAUUAAUGAAUUCUUGAGGUGUGUAAAUGUUGGGUUGUUGUGUGUACAAGAAGACCCAAGUGAUCGCCCCACCAUGCCCAAUGCAUUUCUCAUGCUCAGCAGUGAGAUAGCCACACUUCCAGUACCCCAGCAACCAGCCUUUGUUGUGAGAAGAGGGCCGCCCAGCUUAGCUCCUUCCUCUUCCACCAAUCCGAAAACAAGCUCCAACAAUGAGAUAACUGACAGCUUAGAAGAAGGUAGAUAGUUAGGGAGAAUCAACCAUAAGUCCAGUCUUGUCUGUUGGUGUUAUCAACUUCAUAUAUGCUGCAUCAGAAUUGGAUUUCUUAGGACAUAAUCACAGGUGUGUUUUAGUGUAAAUUGAUUUCCUGAAUAUCUAUUCGAUUGUUCUCUACACCAAUUGUAAAUCACUGACUUCCCAUCUUAUUUUCUAUAUUUUUGCCUUAAGCCCGCAAGGUGAAGUAGACCCAAAACUGUCUUAUUCUUUGGUAGUACUGCUGCUCAUUUUUCUUGUGUAUUUAUUUAUAAUCACUGUGUGGAAGGAAAGUUCUUAUUCAAGAAUCAUCAUCCAAUUGACACAUG